AUGAAAGAGAUAAGAAUGGCAGAGAUCAAACCAAAAGCUAAUGAAGCGGCAACCAGUCGUAUUUCCUUUCCUCAGAGAGUCUACAACGUAUUGAAAGUCUGCGAAGAUAAUCAUCAGGAACACGUCGUCUCAUGGAUGAACGAUGGCACAGCGUUUAAAGUACACGAUACAGAAGAAUUUGAACGUGAAUUGCUUCCCAAGUAUUUCAACACGCAGAAAUAUGCUAGUUUCACUCGAGCGUUGUGUUCCCAUGGAUUUGGCUGUGUCAGAACGGGAAGGCAAACUGGGAUUUACUCCCACCCUAAGUUCAAUCGCAAUGACCCCGAGGCGGUGUGUCUGAUGAAAAGAGUGAAGAAAGCGAGUUAUUCGAAAGCAUGGAAAAGGCGCGAACCAUCCAGUCUAAUCGCCACUCCGUACUCAGGCUCCUUCCACCACCAUCAUCUUGCUUCAAUAAGCUCCGAAAGGAUGGAUGAUCCCAAGUUAAUGAUUGAGAAUUUUGUGCCGAUCAUUGAUGGUCAUGCAGCAUCUAUACCCUCGUGUUAUAUGAGAAAGCGGUCUGAUCAACUGACUGGGGACCAACAAGAGCGACAUGAGCAAAUCGCUCAGAACUAUGGUUUGGUCUGUCUUGGUGAUAAUGAAACACCAAUCCCCGUGUCACCAAAUUUCAAUCUUUAUGCAGAACUACAAGAAGUCCUUGACAAUAACGAUGAUUUUGAGCCGAUAACCUGGUCCUCUGAGCAUAUUGCUCUCUUGUUGGGAGCAAUGUGCGGAGAUGAAUGA